UCGGAUUCAUGGAGCAUCAAAGUGCCCCUGCUCAUACCUUUCUUUGGACUGAUCAUUUGCACAGCAAACUACAUCGUACAAACAUCAUAUAUGAAUGCGUCUAUCUACUAUCUGCUUAUCAGUGACGCAUUUUUCGGCGUCUGCGGUGGAUUCGUCUCGAUAAUAUCCACGGCUAUUAGCUAUGGAGUUAAGACGACGACUACGUCUCGCAGGAGUGUUAGAAUAGCUAGCGUUGAAGCUGCUAUUGGACUCGGAGGCACCAUCGGAUACGUUCUUUCAGGAACCAUGAGGGAGUAA